CAACAUGGAAAGUAUGAUUCCCUCUCUCUGAGAACACUUCCAAUGGAGAGAAGAGAAAUUCAGCUAGAAACUUGCAUUACAUAGGCAGGCCGAUUGCAAGGGGUAAAACACUGAUAACUAGGGCAAAAUUCAGAAAGCAGAUAUUGAAUUCACAGAAUGAAAGAAGCGAAACCAAAGCUGUCAACAGUGAUGGCAAUGAACAACAAACCUUGCAAUCGCAAACCAGUACGAGUCUCGUCUUCUUCUUCCACUUGCCAGCAAUCAAACUUACGCCUCCAUCAACAAAACUAGCUAGAUAGGAAAGAAGCGCGGCCUUAUCUGUCGAUUCCACAAACGCUUACAAGAAGCUCGUCGUCAGUUUUCAAUUCCCCUAGUCGAAUUUCUUCAAGCUCAAGCGACAAGAAAGGACGAAUUAGGGACAGAAAAAGAACUUCCGACUGCGCUCUCUGGCCGCCCUCGCACGCUGCCACGACUCCCGUCUCAGUCCCACCUCCUCCUCUGCCUUGCUUCCCCGCGUCUCCUCCGCCUAAAGCGCUUCCUUGCCGCUAGAGUUCGAGCUUCGAUUGCCGGCGGCGAGCUAGUCCGACGCUUCUCUCUCUGUUACCGGGAAUCGGGAAUUUUUCCCUCCUGUCCUCGAGAGAUGGUAGCGGUUCAUCUUCCGGCCGACUGGUUCAAUAAAAGCUUUCUAAUUUCCUUUUUCUUCCCCAGAUUCGCGUUUCUUAUUAACCGAACCAACUUCAAUCUCGGUUCGAAACGUCUCCAAGAGACAGAACGACGUCGCCGCUAAAGCCGUUAGGUUCAGCUUUAGCGGCGACGUCGUUCUGUCUCUUGGAGACGUUUCGAACCGAGAUUGAAGUUGGUUCGGUUAAUAAGAAACGCGAAUCUGGGGAAGAAAAAGGAAAUUAGAAAGCUUUUAUUGAACCAGUCGGCCGGAAGAUGAACCGCUACCAUCUCUCGAGGACAGGAGGGCAAAAUUCCCGAUUCCCGGUAACAGAGAGAGAAGCGUCGGACUAGCUCACCGCCGGCAAUCGAAGCUGGAACUCUAGCGGCAAGGAGGCGCUUCAGGCGGAGGAGACGCGGGGAAGCAAGGCAGAGGAGGAGGCGGGACUGAGACGGGAGUCGCGGCAGCGUGCGAGGGCGGCCAGAGAGCGCAGUCGGAAGUUCUUUUUCUGUCCCUAAUUCGUCCUUUCUUGUCGCUUGAGCUUGAAGAAAUUCGACUAGGGGAACUGAAAACUGACGACGAGCUUCUUGUAAGCGUUUGUUGAAUCGACAGAUAAGGCCGCGCUUCUUUCCUAUCUAGCUAGUUUUGUUGAUGGAGGCGUAAGUUUGAUUGCUGGCAAGUGGAAGAAGAAGACGAGACUCGUACUGGUUUGCGAUUGCAAGGUUUGUUGUUCAUUGCCAUCACUGUUGACAGCUUUGGUUUCGCUUCUUUCAUUCUGUGAAUUCAAUAUCUGCUUUCUGAAUUUUGCCCUAGUUAUCAGUGUUUUACCCCUUGCAAUCGGCCUGCCUAUGUAAUGCAAGUUUCUAGCUGAAUUUCUCUUCUCUCCAUUGGAAGUGUUCUCAGAGAGAGGGAAUCAUACUUUCCAUGCUGAUUAAGCUGUUGACAGGGUUUCUGGGGUGUUCCAUGUUGAGAUUUUUGGUAUGGACAGACUUGUGCUUUAGUAUCGGUGGGUAGUGUUAUAAUUGUGCUUAGUGGCUGAAAUCGUAAUGAUGUUUUGCAGAGGACAAUUUUUGGUGAAGCCCUGAUCUCUUUGCUCCGUUCAUCCAAAUAUGACUGAUUCAGGAGAAUCUCAACAGCCUGAACAAGUAUGCAACUUUUUCAGAAAGCCAACUAAGAGCAAGAACAUCAGGAAGAGAGCAGUAGAAGAUGAUAAUGCAGAGGAUUCAAAAACCGAAAGCUCUUUCUUAAGCAAUCAGAAGAAGGCGCCAAAGGCUGAUAACAAGCUAUACUUCUCGUCAGGACCUUCGAAGAGCUCAAAGCCAUCAGAAUCCAACUCAGACAACAAUGAGAAGCCCAUCUUUCAGUUUGAGUCUUCAAAGGUAAUUCAGGUACAAAAUGACAGCAGGGCAACAACAACUCUGGAAACCGAGACAGACUUCGGAAGAGAUGCCCGGGCAAUACGCGAGAGAGCUCUUAAGCAAGCUGGGGAGGAUCUGAAGGGUAACAAACAGGGUUCUUCAGGUAGCAACGAGAAGCUGUACAAGGGAAUUCAUGGAUAUACAGAUCACAAAGCUGGCUUUAGAAGAGAGCUAACAAUUGCAAGUGAGAAAGCUGGUGGAUCGCAUGGACCACUUAGGGCAUCUGCACACAUCAGAGUCUCGGCAAGAUUCGACUAUCAGCCGGAUAUAUGUAAAGAUUACAAAGAAACUGGUUACUGUGGUUAUGGAGAUUCUUGCAAGUUUAUGCACGAUCGAGGCGAUUACAAGUCUGGAUGGCAGAUGGAGAAGGAGUGGGACGAGGCAGAGAAGGCAAGGAAGAGAAAAUUAGCUUUGGGUGCCUUGGCCAAGGAGGAUGGCGAAUUUGAUGAAGCUAAUGAUGACGACGAUGAUGACGACGAUGAUGAUGCGUUGCCAUUUGCAUGUUUCAUUUGUAGGGAGCCUUUUGAAGAUCCUGUCGUGACCAAAUGCAAGCAUUACUUCUGUGAACAUUGUGCUCUAAAGCAUCAUUCCAAGAAUAAGAAAUGCUUCGUCUGCAACAAGCCGACUCUGGGUAUUUUCAACACUGCUCAUGAAAUACGCAAGAGGAUGGCAGAGGCGAGCAAAUGAUCAUGCUGUUAUGCUGAUUGUUGCCCGCAUCCUCCCUUGUACUGCUUGGACUGUUUUACACACAUUGUAUUGGUUGGUUCCAUUUUGGGUUCAUGACACUGGUUGUUGCAUCUUCCCGGUUCAUGACUUGGAGCAAUUUCACUUUGAUGAGAGCAUUAGUGAUUUAGUAUGUACACGGCACACCAUCGAAUUGCGAGCAUACCAUGUAAUCUAAAGUUUAUCAGUAGUCCGGAAUCCUGAUUUGCCUGUACCUUGUUGUCUGUUCUUUUUAUGUAUAUUACCUCAUUGAUUAGCUAGGAUAUCUGAAUCGAUCUGCUCACAUUCCAGCCUUGUGAAAGGACGUUAAGGUGGAGAAGUUGGUGAAUUCCAGGUUUUCAACUACAUCAUUUACCAAUUAUUUGAUAUGGAGUAAUUGAUCUUUAUGUGUGCAGGGAUACAAUUGUGAGUUUCAGUGAAGAUUUUGCUAGAACUAAAGGAUAAAAAAAUCC